ACACACACACGAAAAAGAAAGACGUCAAUGUCAAUCAAUCAAAACGAAUUUCGAAAACAAUUCGGAAUUCUGAAUUUAUUUGUGAAAUUUGCGACGGAAAUAUUACAGUUUUAUAAUAUUAUUGUACAAUAAUUUUCUCAAAAUAAAAGUCUUAUAAAAUGGCACUGUCAAUGUUUCUUCGUAGUCCAGCUUGUGCAAGCCGCUUGCAACAGCAAUGCAUGCGCUUCUCAACACAGUCCCUGGCACGGAGCAGCACCCCCUUGAUAGUGCCACUUAAAAAUAUAACCCUUCUUGAAGCGAAGAAAUCCACACCUAUUUUAAAUUCUGUCCGCGACUUCCGAACAUCAAUGGUACGCAUGUCGGAAGAGAAGGCCCAUGACCACGCCAAGCUGUGGGUCGUGGAGAAACUGACCGCUGCAGUCUUGGUGCCUCUCAUCCCGCUCGGUCUGCUGAUGCCGAACAAGCUGUUUGACUCGGUGCUCGCUAUUCUGAUCACAGCCCAUAGUUUUUGGGGUCUAGAGGCGAUAGCAGUGGAUUACGCGCGUGCCUCAGUCGUGGGGCCGGUGCUAGCAAAAUUAGCCGUAAUCCUUGUUUAUUUAGUUUCAAUAGCGACCCUCGGCGGCUUGUUCUACGUUAUAGGACACGAUGUCGGUAUAGCCGGCACGGUCAGACAGUUGUGGUCGGUCAAGUCUGAAAAUCGCGCGUAAGUUUGUAGCUAACUUCAGAUGGAACGCGGCCGUUAGUGUUGCCAGAAUAUUUAUUUGAAAAGAGAACAAUAACUGAAAUUAAAACUUGCAUUAGGUAGUUGUACUACAGCAGUGUUUUUUAACAGUACAAACAUAUUUUACAAAAAAUGCAAUUAAUUAAUAAUUUAGUUUUUAUCGAUCGCAUUUAUAUUCUGGUAACUUUGCGUGUCAACAAAUUUGUACCUUAAAACAUGUCAUUUGAAAAAUACUAGCCGAUACGCAAAAAGGCGUAUUUUCAUUUUUAACUACGUACCUACGAUCGUAUCAAUUACGUAUUUUGUACGCAAUGAGUUAAAAGUUAAGGCUAUUGACAAGUAUUAUAGUGUAAAAUUUCAUAUCUCAAUAGAUCUUGAUAACUCACUUGCAGUGCCAUUAUUGAAAAACAAAACCAUCUUUUGAUUUAUUUAAUCUGUUACAUACCGCCAUUUUACAUUAUUUAGCAUAUAUUUUUGCUUACGCGCAUGUCAGUAAUCUGGUCUUCUCAGACAAUAAAGGGUACUUAUUAUAUGUGUAUUUUGCACAAUUUUUUUUAAUCGUGAUUUUUUUAUUGCAAUAAGUAAUAACGGCAUAACUUUUUCAAAAAGUGCUGUGAGCGUUGGACCUAUUGAUGUAAAUUAACUUAUUGAUUACUUAUUAAAUGAUUUAGUUGAA